AUGCCUCAAAAAACAAAAAAAAUAGAGUAUUGUCCAGCAGGUCAUCAUUCUUCAGAGGAUUCUUAUUCUGAUAGCAAAAAUUCCGUUCGAUUUGGAAAUUGUUCUUUGUGUACUAGAGAACAUUUUAUCCAAGAAUUUAAAACUUGGUCUAGUGGGAAUGCCAACAUUGAUAAGAUUAUACAAGAAUCUCAAAUAAAUAACAUUUACAAUAA